UUGAUUAAUGACGAUUGAAUCUAUUUACGAUACUCGUCGAAGGUGUAUCUAUGGUGUAUUGCUUUGUUGUGAGUUGUGAAACGAAUCCAAGGAUUUUAUAUAUAAUAAAGUAGCUCGAAAUGGCCACGUCGAAAACAACAAACACGUACAAUAGGCAGAAUUGGGAAGAUGCUGAAUUCCCGAUACUAUGUCAAACUUGCUUAGGUGAUAAUCCGUAUAUUCGAAUGACAAAAGAAAGAUACGGAAAGGAGUGUAAAAUAUGUAUGCGACCGUUCACAGUAUUCAGGUGGUGUCCUGGCGCGAGAAUGCGUUUCAAGAAGACCGAAGUAUGUCAAACUUGCAGUCGUUUAAAAAAUGUGUGUCAAACAUGUUUACUCGAUUUAGAAUACGGUUUGCCAAUCCAAGUACGCGACGCAGCACUUAAAAUUAAAGACGACUUGCCCAGAUCUGAUGUAAACAAAGAAUAUUACGUACAAAACAUAGAUAGCGAAAUUGGUAAGAUUGAUCCGACAACGCCGGCUGGUGCCGUUGGUAAAUCCGCGGCUGCCAGCGAUUUACUGAUGAAACUGGCGAGAACGAGUCCUUAUUAUAAAAGGAAUAGACCGCACAUUUGUUCCUUUUGGGUUAAGGGAGAAUGUAAAAGAGGAGAAGAAUGUCCGUAUCGUCACGAGAAACCUACCGAUCCCGACGAUCCAUUGGCCGAUCAGAACAUUAAGGAUCGUUAUUACGGUGUGAACGAUCCUGUGGCGGAUAAAUUAAUGCGCAGAGCUGCGGCUAUGCCGAAGUUAGACCCCCCGGAAGAUAAAUCGAUUACGACUCUAUACAUUGGUAACUUAGGAGACAUCUUAACGGAAAAGCAGUUGCGCGAUCAUUUCUAUCAGUACGGAGAAAUACGUUCGGUAACGAUGGUUCCUCGCCAGCAGUGCGCAUUUAUUCAGUACACGCAAAGAAGCGCUGCAGAAGCUGCAGCGGAAAGGACGUUUAACAAACUGAUAUUGGGAGGAAGAAGAUUGACUAUUAAAUGGGGCAGAUCGCAAGGCAGGCAAACCGUGUCCGCAGCAGAGGCAACUAGAGAGAUCUUAGAACCUGUACCAGGUUUACCUGGCGCGCUACCACCACCACCUGAAAGCAUGGGAAACAACUUCUUCAACCUACAAACUACUCCUGGCAUGAUUCCACCAAUGAUGAUUCCUCCUCCACCAGUAGCUCCACAAUUUAUGUUUCCACCGCAAAUGGCAGCAGCCGCCGCAACGCCAAUUUUCCCACCAGGGACUACUCCGAUACAUUAUCCGAGUCAAGAUCCAUCGAGAAUGGGUGCGUCUCAAGGUAUAGGAAAGCCUUGGCCGGAGGAAUAAUUAUAACAAGAUUUCGUUUUGUGUAAUUAUAACAAAAAGAAUCUGUAAAAAAUAAAUAUAUCUUUGACUUUCUUUUAAACGA